CAUUAGCCCUUCUGUGAUAGCAGCAUGCAUCGGCUUUCAAUAGUUAGCCCUGAUAUCACGGCCACACAGCUGUCCCAGCUUAAAAAAAGCAUUUUAUUGGUUGGCAGUUGUGGCAACGCCUACUCAAAUAACAACAGCACUGAUUGUUAGAACGGCAGUUUUCGUGUGUCGAUGCGUUACUUCGAGUGGAUACAUUCCCGGCAGGGUAAUGUUAAUCGCAUUACGAUUUCGAUAACGAACAGCAGCACUUAAGUGCUAACGUAACUCGCGAUAAGUAGACCACUUUUGGUAGCCCAUCACGAAUUCUAUAGGUACCGGUAGAUUCCUUCACCUCAAGGAUGUCUGUUUUACUGCGACAGUCAUUGUCCCGCUUAACUCCAUUGUCAGCUGUGAGCUGUACGCACCUUCAGCAGCUGCACUCUCAGCAGCCAAGUGUGGACCUGUGCACACUAACUAAAACCUCUGCAGAACAGCAAGGUCGUCUUCCAGUGGUACCUGUUUUCAGGCAAGCACUGUCUUUCCCUGCUGAAUCAAUCGCUCUGAGGGAUGCCUACGGAGAGUACACAUACCGUGGAUUAUUCCUCAGUAGCCGACAGUUAGCUGACCAGCUUACAGACUCAUUUGCCGGAAGACGUGGUGAACGAGUUGCAUUCCUGGCUGGCAAUGAAGCAACUUAUCUGAUUAUUCAGUGGGCAUGUUGGAUGAGUGGUCAAACAGCUGUUCCUCUGAGCAGUGUGCACCCUCCACAACUGUUGGAAUACUUCAUCUCUGACAGUGAUGCAGGAGUAGUUGUUGCAACAACUGAACAUGCUGAUACUCUACGGAAAGCCGCUGGAGACAAGCGCAAAUUUAUUGUCCUUGACUCGACACUACGCACUCUUUCAUCCAGGAAAGCAGAUCAGUUGGGAAGUGAGAAUGUAACCCUACCUGAGGAAGCCCAUGAACUUAAAGGAGGUGGACAAGAACCAGAGUUUUAUGAUGACAAUGAUGCACUUUUCAUCUACACGUCUGGAACAACAGGACCUCCAAAAGGAGUUGUGUUGACUUACCGCAACCUGGAUGCACAGGCACAGUCACUAAUAAAGGCAUGGGAGUGGUCAUCUAAAGACAGCAUUCUGCAUACACUACCUUUACAUCACAUUCAUGGUGUUGUCAAUGCCCUGCUUUGCCCACUCCUCGUUGGUGCCAGAGUUGUUAUGCUACCAAAAUUUGAUGCUCCAACUGUAUGGGCGAAGCUUCUGGCAUUAAAUACAGUGGCUGCAGAAAGAGUCAACAUUUUCAUGGGUGUGCCAACUAUGUAUGUCAAGCUAAUUCAGGAGUAUGACCAUGCAUUUGGCAAUAAUGAACGCAUGAAAGAGUACAUUCAUUCUGUUUGCUCCCAAAAGAUAAGGUUAAUGGUGAGUGGUUCAGCACCAUUGCCAGCACCUAUAAUGGAACGUUGGGAAGAAAUAACUGGCCAUCGUCUUCUGGAACGAUAUGGAAUGAGUGAGACAGGCAUGAUCCUAUCAAACCCCCUUCAUGGAGAAAGAAAGCCUGGAUCUGUUGGACACCCACUUCCUGGUGUCACUGUACGGCUAAGUGAUAGUGGUGAAGUGCAGGUGAAAGGGGACAAUGUUUUUUCCAGAUACUGGAACAGACCACAAGCCACAGCAAAAGAAUUCACAGAGGAUGGAUGGUUCAAGACAGGUGACACAGCUGUUAUAGAGGAUGGUUACUACAGACUGCUCGGUAGGACAUCAGUUGAUGUCAUUAAGACUGGUGGAUAUAAGGUGGGUGCGGUUGACAUAGAAGCCAAGCUGUUGGCGCAUCCAGCAUUGGCAGAUGUUGCUGUACUUGGUGUUGAGGACCCCACCUGGGGACAAAGGGUUGUUGCUGUAGUGGUCCCAGAAGAAAAUAAGACUGUACCAACAUUAGCAGAGCUACGUGAGUGGGCAAAAGGACAUAUGGCACCUUAUGCUAUUCCUACCCAAUUAAAAGUGAUAGAACAGCUGCCACGCAAUGCCAUGGGCAAGGUCAAUAAGAAAGAUCUUAUCAAGCAGCUGUUUCCUUCCAAAAGUACUGGAACAGCAGCGGCUGCUAAAUAGGAAUAUAUGACAGUAAAAAGUAUUGUCUGCUGAAACAAUGCACACAGAAGACUGAAAUGUUGAAGAAGUACAUAGGAAUUACAAAUUGGAAAAAAAGUGUUUUUGGGAAGAAUAAAAAAGUGUAUAGUAGUCUUUAAAUAAAACCUUUGAAGUAAGAAAAUCGAAAUAUUUUGAAGGAAGCUUAUAUAUGAUAGUGACUAAAACACAUGGAGUUAAAAAGUUUACUAAAGAUGCAUUUCAUCAUAUUGGUGUGCCUUUCAGAAAAUUAUUUUUAUGAGCUGUCGGAAGACAUACAAAUCUUAUAUAGACCAUAAUGCCAGUUUGUUGAGAAAUUCAAAUUACAUCAUUGUUACACAGGUACAGAUAGGUUGUAAUCAAAAAAUUAGAGAUUAUGAUACUGUCAUUUUGCGGAUUUAUUUAUUCGUACAUGUGCUUCCAGAAAGUCUUGUUUAUGGUGAAAUUUGAUCAGUUUUGUUGGUAACUGAUUAAUUGUAUGUUUUUAUGCAGUUUGCUAGGGCCAAAUUAUCAGUGAUGUACAAGACGAAUGAAGCUAUGCUGCACAUAACUUUAACAAGAUUCAAAAUUUUGCUGUACUGAAGGAACUUAACAUAAAUUAAUACUGCUCAGGGAAAGUAGAGAUUAAAGUAGAAAAGUAGGUUGUUGUUACUUUGAGAUUGCUUUAACAACUUUCUAAUGUUUAUUUAUUAUGGUACCAUGAUUUACUAUGUCACUAUAGUCUUAAUUAAUGGCUUUAAAAAUGUUAUAAUUCCAUAUUUUAAAGACUGAAAAUAUGUAAGCAUUGGAUGUGAGAUGUGAAUACGUAAGCUUGAAGGAAACGUUGUCUCAUAGUGAUUUUUAUGGAACAUCAUUGUAUAUGUUUUGUGGUGUGGCUAAUGUCCUAAUGUAGCAUUUUUUCCCCAAUGUUAAACUUCCUUUUUCUUUUCUUUCUACUUUUUUCCUUCAACAUUCAUUAAUUGUUGGUCAUAUUAGUGCAAGUAAUACAGUAUGUGGGGGAUAUUAUUACUUACUAUAGGUGGUAUUCAUUUGUUCCAGUUCAUUACUAUUAAUAUUAGUCCUUUAGUUAUGAUAAAUGGAAGCCAUUAGUGGGAUAUAAAUUAUGUUUUAGAGAGCAGACUAAAACAUACCUAUAAGAUGAAAGUUUUGAGAAGUAGAGAGAAAUGUGUAGGAUGAAUACAUAUGAGAUGUAAAGAGGAACAUGUGUAGGAUGAAACACACACACACACACACACACACACACACACACACACACACACACAUACACACAUUUUUGUGGAACAAUCUAACACUUGGUACUUCACCUUAAAGGUGUGUUUAUUAAUUGUUAAUUAUCCAAUUAUCUAUUAUUUACAUCCCUCUACUGCCCAUUUUAAUGUGCUUUACAUAUUUUAUUGUGUUAAAAAUCAUUUAUGUUAACUUAUUCUGCCAAAAUAAAUAUUGCACUUUUGAAAAAUGCUCCAAUGUAGCAGACAGUUUUUCCAUGUGUGUUCUGUUUUCUUUCAUAUCACAACUUACAUUGGAUUUUAAAUUAUGAGCUUCAGAUGUCUUAUAAAGACAUAUGUAGUGUGCUCUGUGUACAUAGGUUUUUGCACAGUACUCUGACACAAAACAGAGAGAAAGCAACUGUCCACAUUUUGGUGAGAGUGGAUUCUUGUUGACUUUUUCCAGUGUAAAGCACUAAUAAGAAAAUUAAAAGUCAACAUUCCGUUCUGGUUAGAGUAAUUUGUUUGUGUGCAGUUUCUUAUUUGUCUCUUCUAUCAAGUUGUCUCCAUGACAUCUAUGUCUUCCCAUGACUUUUCUCAGAACUUGAAAGGUAUUUCUCAUUUGCUGUUUUUUGGUGCUCUAAAUUAGAAUGAGAGUUCCCUUUGUAGAUGUCGAGCACCUUUGAAAAUUCUUGUUUAUAUACAUUAUGUCAUCUUAACAUCCAGAAGCUUCCAUAAAAUAUAUCAGAACCUUAAAAGUAAUUUUAUCUAUAUUGCAAGAACUUUUAGGCUGAAAACUGACUCUUGAGUAGGGCUUGUCCCCCUCCCCCCAUAAAAGAUUUCUUUUUUAUGAAAAUGAUAAGGAGCAUUAUUCAAAACAUUGUAUGUAACUCCUCAAGUAAUGAUUGUCUGUAUUCUUGGUUCCUGCAUGUCCUGUCACAUUUUGGAUCCUACAGGUCUGAUACAUUGUUUGUAUUGUUCCAAUAUUUUUAAUACUUUUCUUCUUAUUCCCCAGAUGUUUCUGAGACAUUGGUCUGAACCACUCGUCAUUAAAAAAUAAAAAAAAACAUUGAACUUUCCUAUGUUGAAGCUAGUUGAAUCAUGUUGUCAGUGGAACAGUGACCAAUACGAUACUGAAAAAAUGUAUGUUUUAGUCUAAAGGCACAAUUUAUUUAUUUUGCCUAGUGACUAACAGUUUUGGUUCACAGUACCAUUCUCAGGCCAUCCUCUAAGACGCAGUCGUCACAUUCACUUCCCAAGUGGGUGUGUCAGUUACUUAUUUGACACACCUAACUGGAAAGCGAGCAUGAUGAUUGCAUGUCAGGGGCUGGCCUGAGGAUGGUACUGUGUACUGAAAUGGGUUGCCAGCAGGCAAAAUAAAUAAAUAAUUUGUCAUUAUAGACUAAAACAUAUUUUCAUUUUAGUACAUCCUUUAUCUAUCAACACAUUUUAUUUCAAUAUUGUAAAAGCAGUAUUGUAAUGUCCUGCCACAGAGAAAAGUAUGCAUUUAUUUGUUUGUAUGCAAGUAAUGUGUACACACAGCCUCUAAGAGUGGAAUUAACAAACUGGUCAAAAUAAUUUACCAACAGAUAUGUUUGAUGCAUUCUGUGCAAUAGUCAUACAUAAUUGUUAAAUUUAAACGUAACUCAGAGUGAUAACAACCAACUGAAUUAAAUCACCACAAAACUUUAUUUCCUGUGGAAUAUGGUCACAAUUUCUAUGUGUGACUUAAAAUUUUUGUUGAGAUAAAUUGUACUUAAGAAAAAUAACUCCUGCCUCUGCGAGCAAAAUACAUUUGGAACCAUGGAGACAGAUUGUUUGUAAAUAGUUCGUCUACAAAGUCUAUAUCCUCUCAUUUUAUGGAAUUGUAGAUGUAUAUUAUAUUGAGUAUACUAAAACAAAUCGGGCCUCUUAGAUACUGAUUUCUUUUUGCAAUGGCAAAAAGAGAAAUUGAUUGUUGUCAAGACCGGACAACUGACGUGCAAUAAGUUGCAAUUCAAGUGUGAACCAAUGUGUUUACAUAAGCAUGCUAGUUUGAUAUUUUGUUCUGGCUUGUUCUGUGCUGCGAUAUGUUAAGUAACAGGGGGGGAAAAGGAAUUAUCAGAAUGGAUGCUAAUACUUCUGCCCUACAUUUGUUCUAGCAGCUAUGUACAGAGUUGCUCGUAAUAGUGUUGCCAAAGGAAAUGGGUAUGCCUUAGCAAACAUUAAUGAUUGUUCAGCCUUAUGGGCCGUGUGUACACACAAUUCAUAGUUGCUGAAGUAUUGCUGCCUAUGAACUUAUGGCAGUUGACUGAAUCCAGAAGGCAACUAUGGCUUUAGUUCCCUCCAAUACUGACUCCAUGUGACAUGAGUUAUAGAUAAUUAUUCAUAUUUCUUGAUUCACCUUUACUGAGACUUUAUUUUAUAUAAUAAAAAUAUGAUUUCUGAAUGUUGCUUGAAAAUCCAUUGGGUAAUUCAGUAUGAAAGUUCUAUAAUAUUUUAUGCAUAAAAAAGACACUAAUUCAGAUGUUGGUAAUCAAAAUCUGCAGUAAAUUUGACAGAAUUUUGAUUUGAUGUUGAAUGGAAUAAAAUUGAAAUGUACUGUAUGUUUUUAGAAAUAAACUGGCACCUGUUCAAAGUUUUA